AAAAAAAAAAAAAAAAAAAAAAAAAAGACAUGCAGAGGCCUCCUGCCUCGCCUCAUUUUCCAGCGAGUUUGUACACUAUUAGUAUUCCCUGGGUUGUUUGUUUGCACACCAUGUGAUUAGUGACAUCUGAAGUGCAAAAUUCAAUUAGAAGUUUACUCUGAUGUGAGUCACGAGCCACUCACAUGAGACCAAUAUUUACUUUUUAUUGGAUCUAGGCCUGUGUCAUAGUCACAUAGUUGUCUUUAAGACUGUCAAAUUUAUAGGAGCUUUAAGAGGAUUAAAAAUGAUUAUGCAGUGAAAUCUUUUCCCAUCGGAAAUACAGUGGUACCUCGAUUUUUGUUAUGAAUUUGUUCCAAAAGGUCCGGCGAAAAUGGAAACGUACAAAAACCAAAACAAUUUUUCCCAUAGCAAACAAUGUAAAUCCAAUUAAUCCAUUCCAGACGCCCAAAAAUAUAAACAAAAAAUACAUUUUUAUAAAGAAUAAUUUUAGUUUUACAUGCAGAAAACAAUGCAAAAUAAUUAUAAAUGAUGAAUGAAAUGGAUAAAUAAACAUUUAACAUACUUUGAACUUUUAUUGAAGACUCCUCGGCGAUUAGUUUAGUCUUGAAGUCAAUUGUGUUUCUCACCUUCUUUUUCAAAUUGCGGGCACUCAAACUCUCUUUGGCCCCGUGGCGGGUUAUGAAGUUUUCAAGGUGUACCACAGUAUGAAAAAGUCACGGUUUCAAAACCACUAAAAUUGUGCGUCAUACCAGCGAGACACAACACGGACACCAUCAUCCUGUUUUGUCACGGCUUACUUCUUGAAUUCAAUUCAUUAGUGUUUUUAACCUUCUUUAUCAAAAGGCUGUGCACUUGAAACUUUCUUGGUUCCAUUUUGGGUUAAUGAGGUGAGAAACACUAAUGAAUUCAAGAAAAUUCUCAUGGCGAAACGGGAAGGUGGUGUCUGUGUGGUGUUUCGCUGCCACAUGGGUUCUUUGGCAACUGUCACAUCCAGAAUCACGUCUUCAGUGAAGAUUGUCGAGGAGGUGUUGAAGCUUAACGAGGACCCCAAGGUGCACGGAGUCUACCUCCACCUUCCCCCAACGAAUCUCACCAGUCGAUUACUCGACACUCUUAAGCCCGAGAAGGACAUAGACGGGAUAACAUAUUUGAAUAUGGGUCGUUUGAUGCAAGGGGACCUGAGCAAAGGCUUUACACUGCCUAUAGGCAGCGCUGUUGUGGAUCUGUUGCAGAAACAUGACGCUUCCGUAGUGGGAAGAACAGUAUUACUGAUCGGAGCCGAAGGGCCCCUUGGGGUGGCCCUGCAGUGCCUGAUAGAAAGAAGCGGCAUGAUAGCUUUUAAAAGUCAUCCACAUGUCAAGAAUCUACAGAGACAGGUAAUGGAAGCUGAUGCUGUGGUGCUAGCAGGUGCAGGAGGUAUAGACGUCCCACUCACUUGGAUCAGGCCAGGGGCCUCUGUCAUCCGAUUGGAGCCCACCCUUGACACAGAUGCGUCGGGGAUGUCCUCAAAGUCCGGGCUGGCGUAUCUCACAGCAGCGUACAGAAUACAGAAUGUGGUGCACAGCAGCAGUCGGAGGCUCCAGGAGCAACAGUACCGACAAUGGCGACUGCGAAGCCUCAAACUACAGCCCCUGACACCUGUACCAAGUGACAUAGAGAUUUCCAGAGCUCAGACACCCAAGCCAGUGGAGCAGCUUGCAGAAGAGAUUGGCCUGCUUCCGGAAGAACUCGAAGCAUAUGGCAGGAGCAAAGCAAAAGUCCGCCUGUCCCUCUUAGACCGCCUUCAAGCACAGCCUGAUGGGAAAUAUGUACUGGUGGCUGGUAUAACUCCCACCCCACUUGGCGAAGGGAAGAGCACGGUGACCAUCGGCUUAGUCCAGGCUCUGUCUGCUCACCUGAAGCUCAACUCUUUCGCCUGCCUCCGGCAGCCCUCCCAGGGACCUACCUUUGGGGUUAAAGGGGGAGCUGCAGGAGGGGGAUAUGCCCAGGUCAUCCCAAUGGAGGAGUUCAACCUUCAUCUGACUGGUGACAUCCACGCCAUCACUGCGGCCAACAACCUGGUGGCGGCAGCCAUUGAUGCCAGGAUGCUCCACGAGGCCACCCAAUCAGACAAGGCUCUGUUCAGCAGGCUGGUCCCUUUAGUCAAUGGAGUCAGAAGAUUUUCACCCAUCCAGAUCGCCAGGCUGCGUCGUCUUGGCAUCAAUAAAACCGACCCCACCUCCAUCACGCCCCAGGAAGUCAGCUCUUUUGUCCGUCUUGACCUUGAUCCCACCAAAAUCACCUGGCAGAGAGUGGUUGAUACGAAUGACCGCUUUUUGAGGAAGAUCACUGUAGGACAGGCCAGCACUGAAAAAGGACAAAUCAGAGAGACUGGGUUCGACAUUGCGGUGGCCAGCGAGAUCAUGGCCAUCUUGGCUCUGGCAGACAGCCUGGAGGACAUGAAAGCAAGACUGGCGCACAUGGUGGUGGGGACCAGCCGCUCCGGACAGCCCGUCACCGCAGAGGACCUGGGCGUGAGUGGGGCACUGGCCGUGCUAAUGAAAGAUGCCAUCAAGCCCACGCUGAUGCAAACCCUUGAGGGUUCGCCAGUGUUUGUCCACGCCGGGCCCUUUGCCAACAUCGCCCAUGGCAACUCCUCGGUCCUCGCAGACAAGCUGGCUUUAAAGUUGGUUGGACGGGAUGGCUUCGUGGUGACUGAAGCCGGCUUUGGAGCGGACAUCGGGAUGGAGAAGUUUUUCAACAUCAAAUGUCGGGCCUCAGGACUUAGGCCCAGUGUGGUGGUGCUCGUUGCAACCGUGCGAGCUCUCAAGAUGCACGGUGGAGGCCCCAAUGUAUCAGCAGGCGCACCUCUUCCGAAAGAAUACAUUGAUGAGAAUCUCUCUCUUGUUAAAGGUGGUUGCCUCAGCAAUCUUAGAAAGCAGAUUGAGAUAGCGCAUCUCUUUGGGGUACCGGUUGUUGUGGCGCUCAAUGUCUUCAAGACAGACACCCAGCCAGAGAUCGACCUUGUCUGUCAGCUCGCCAAAGAGUGUGGGGCGUCAGAUGCUGUGCCAUGCCACCACUGGGCUCAGGGCGGGCGAGGUUCUUUAGAACUGGCUCAGGCCGUGAAAGCUGCCGCCAGCAGACCCAGUGACUUCCAGUUCCUCUACGACAUUGAGUUGCCAAUAGUGGAGAAGAUUAGAACUAUAGCCCAAAAGGUGUAUGGAGCUCAAGACAUCGAGCUGUCCCCUGAGGCCACGGCCAAAAUAAAUUAUUACAAUCAGCAGGGCUUUGCUUCCUUGCCAAUCUGCAUGGCCAAGACUCACCUUUCCUUGUCACACAUGCCAGAAAAGAAGGGUGCACCCACCGGAUUCAUUUUGCCAAUCAGAGAUGUUCGCGCCAGCAUCGGCGCAGGCUUCAUCUAUCCACUCGUGGGAACGAUGAGCACCAUGCCCGGCCUGCCGACUCGACCCUGUUUCUACGACAUUGACCUUGACCCGGUCACGGAGGAGAUCACAGGGCUCUUUUGAGCAUGAAGAGAUGUUAACAGGCAACAUUUGUGCCGGCGUUCUCAGGAUGCUUCACACGUGCACCGUGAAGACUCAUCACUGCAUCACUGACGGGAACUGCUCUCUUAUUACUGGUUCCCAGCAGCUCACAUCCACAUUUUGCUGUAUUUGCACACGAGUGUAAUCUGCCAAAGAUAACCUUAACCAUGUUGCAUAUGGGUCGUCUUUGACCUCUCCUUUGCGAACCUUCAUGUGUUUUUAAUGUUUGUUUUUUAUAUUUGUGUAAACAUUUACUCAGGUGUUUUUAAGCAUUUCUGCUUUUGUACACUUGGCAAGCUUGGGCACAACUAGCUGAUGAACGCACAAAUAGACAUUAUGUUUAGCAGCUAUAGCAGCUAAUCUUAAUUCAAUUUCUGUUGUUUGUAACAAGGUCACCAAGCAGCCUCUUGUGUGAGUGUAGGUCUCACAUUGUUACUGUAUGACACACUUUAGUUGUAAUAUGCUGUAAAUAUCUAUGCAUUUUUAAAAAUAUAUUUAUCAGCAAAACUGGCAGUUUCAAAAACCUCUUUAGUAUUAUUCACAGCAUCAGUUGUGAGCCUAAAAAAUACAUUCCUUUACUCCCAUUAAUACCGUGUUGGUGUUUUUAUUUGCAGCUUUUUCCUUGCAGGUUGGGGUGCUGCACCUGAUUGGAUGGGUGGUGGUUCCCCCCCAGCGUCACCCCAGGGUGCACCAUCUGUCAUGAUGAGGUGUUUGGGCGCGCAUGUGUGCACAUGUGUGUCUUAUCACAGGCGGCAUUCCACAUGUGUACAGUCUGUUACUGUAUAAACAUGAAUGUGUGCAGCAGGCAGGAUGUGACACUUAGAACUACAGCCAGGACGGCAGGAAUGCGCUCAUGUACUGUAUACAAUGAGUAGUGUAUCAAUAGCAUAUUCUGUGUGUGCAUGAGCGAGAAUGACGCCUCUUGAGUGGUUGACAGACGUCAUGGCCUUGUAAUGUGAUGGAAAAUAUCUGCUUUAACUUGACUGACGCAAUCAGGGCUUGUGUCGUCUCUAAACAGUCAGUUAAUUUGACGUCUGAAACUUUGUCUUGUGCGUGAAAGUGUAAUAAAAUGGCUCAAAAGAAUGAGAUCCGGCGCUGACAUCAGGACUCAAAAAUAACAUUGACAUGCGUGUUUUGCUUUUACUUUGACUUCUGUAACACUUUUCCUCCACAAUGAGCAGCCUCAAGAAAGGAUGUUAUUGAAUAAACAGCACAGUACCGUCAUUUCUGGACUACAGACCGCACUGGUAUGGAAGCUCCACCCACCAAAUUUAAAGAGGGAAAAAAAGAUGUAUACAGGCCGCAUCUGUCUUCCAGGUGUCCAUGAUGUAACGUGG